UUGAAUGUGAAGCCCUGAGCAAAUCAAAACACGUGCGCAGCCACGCCGGAGAGAAAUUACGCACCGGGUGCGCACUUCGCGCCGGACCGCCUCUACCAGAACUACCUGCCACUCUUAACAGCUUCAUAAAUAUACUUUUAGCUAUUAAGAAACCGGGAGCAAGCCCCUCAUAUAUCAUAGGAUUCGUCCAAGUUCACGAAACGGAUUAUCUUUUUAAUCGUUCCGAUGGAACAAUAGAAGAAAACGAAAUGGAGCCGUAGCUGGAGCGGUAGGGAACCCAUGUGUGGACCCCUCGUUGUAUGCGUCAUGUCUGAUGGAGGGAUUCCCGGCGAGCCAAACACUCGCCCGGAAAGCGAGGAAUGCCCCGCGGAUGAUGCGUUUGGCUUCGGAGAUGAUCUGGAGUUAAAUCCAUUCGACGGCUUGCCCUUUUCCUCCCGCUACUACGAGCUGCUGCGGGAGAGGCAGACUCUGUCCGUGUGGGAGGCCAGGUGCGAGUUUGAAGAGGCUCUGGUUAACAGCCAACUGGUCGUUGUGUCCGGGACGGCGCAGACUGGGAGGAGCACGCAGAUCCCUCAGUGGUCUGCCGAGUUCUGCCUCUCCGCCAAGUACCAGCACGGCAUGGUUGUGUGCACGCAGAGCAGCGCACAGAGCGCCGUGGAUCUGGCCUUGCGCGUGGCCGACGAAAUGGACGUCAACAUAGGCCACGAAGUGGGCUACGCCAUCCCUCUGGAGAACUGCUGCUCCUCGGACACUAUCCUGAGGUACUGCACCGACCAUGUGCUGCUGAGAGAGAUGAUGUCGGACCCUUUUCUGGAGCACUACGGGGUCAUCGUCAUCGACCAGGCCCACGAGAGGACAGUGAGCACUGACGUACUGCUGGGUCUUCUGAAGGACAUCCUGCUGCAGAGGCCUGAGCUCAGAGUGGUGGUCCUCGCCGUCCCGCCCGCCACCGACAAGCUGGUGAGCCACUACCACGGCGUCCCGCUCAUCACGCUGGAGGCCUCGCCACCCGCUGAGGACGUCCACAGCAACAGCGGCAACAAGGACUACUUCUUCUCAGCGCUGAGACUGGCGCUGGAGAUCCAUCGAACCAAAGAGGAGGGAGACGUUGUCGUGUUUUUGGCCUCCGCCGACGAGGUCCGUUGUGCCCACAGCAUCCUCCAGAGAGAAGGCACCAGGCUGGGAGCCGAGCUCGGCCAGAUGGUCCCUGUGGUGCUGUGCCCCCGGCGGGGAGGGAUACCGCCUGGGCCACCGGGCUCCAAGAGGUCCAGGAGGGUUUUCCUCUCUACCAAACAGGGGGAGGAUAUGUGGUGGGCCACAGAGUCGGUCAACUUCGUCAUCGACACAGGAGUCCAGAAGAAGAUGGUGUACAAUCCAAGAAUAAGAGCCAACUCUGAGGUUCUUCAACCCAUCAGUCAAUAUCAGGCAGACAUACGCAGGCGGCUCUGUGGACCAACUGGCAAAUGUUUCUGCCUGUAUCAAGAAGACGGACAGCUCCCUGCAGAGAACCCGGCACAGAUUUUGGAGUCCAACAUUACUCCAACUGUCCUUUUCCUAAAAAGGAUGGAGAUAGCCGGCCUUGGACAGUGCGAUUUCAUAGAGCGACCAGAUCCCGAGGGUCUCAUGCAGGCGUUGGAGGAGCUCGAUUACCUCGCAGCUUUAGACGACGAUGGCAACCUGUCUGAGAUUGGCAUCAUCAUGUCUGAGAUCCCCCUGGAGCCUCAGAUGGCCAAAGCGCUGCUGGCAUCUUGCGAGUUUGACUGCGUGAGCGAGAUGUUGACAAUCGCAGCGAUGCUUUCAGCCACAAGCUGCUUCCUGGAGCCACCUGUUGGUAGAAGCCACGAGGCGGUCCAGUGUCACAGGAAGUUCCAGCACCCUGAAGGCGAUCACUUCACCCUCAUCAACAUCUACAACGCCUUCAAACAAAGCCAGAGAGAACCAUACUUCACUACUGAAAAGUGGUGCCAGGACUAUUUCCUCGAUCAUUCUGCCCUGAAGGAAGCCGAGGCCAUUAGAUCAGAGUUGACCGAGACCCUAAACAGGAUCGAGCUUCCCAUCUCUGAGCCCUUCUUCGGAACCAAAACCAACACCCACAACGUCAAAAGAGCUCUGCUGGCCGGUUUCUUCAUGCAGAUCGCACGAGACGUGGACGGGUCUGGAAACUACUUCAUUCUGACACACAAGCACAUGGCUCAGAUGCAUCCUCUGUCCAGCUACGGGCCUCAGUCACACAAGCUGGGGCUGCCGGAGUGGGUCGUUUUCCACGAGUACACCCUGUCCCAGAACAACCACAUGAGAACGGUGUCUGAAAUCUCUCCACAAGUGUACAUCCAAAUGGCUCCCAUGUACUUCUUCUACAAUCUGCCCACCAGUGAAAGCAAAGACAUGCUACAAGACAUGUUGAACCCAGAAGGAUCCAGAAAACGCGGAGACGGGAAACAAAACGCCUCCACGAUCGGCGGCGAUGCCGACGCCGGGUGCGCGGUGGUGUCACAGACUUAUGACAGAUGUGUGAUUCAAUGAUCAACAUCGUGAAUGGAAAUCUCAGCUGCAUUCUUUUCAAUUAUUUUUAAAAAACGAGUCACGGGAUAAUGUUUGUUAAUCGUGGCCCUUAUAUAUUCUGCGGUGUCAGUACAUCCCAUUUCCGUGAUUUCUUGCAUCGGAUUAAGUUGUGUGCUGCUUUAUAUUCGCUCUGUCCUCCCUUUUCAACACUGUCUGCAAAUGUGAGCAGCGCGACGGCCUUUAGCAGCCUUUAUUGAAGGAGCAGCAGAUGGAUGUCAUCUGUUGCUGUACUAAAAAUUCCAAACGUCUUGUGCAAGAGGAUGCAGAUUUAAUGAGGUGGUUUGAUACACAGCAUGUACGAGCUUCUGGAGGAUACUUCAUUUCAUCUGGAUUCUUAAGAGUUGGCAGUGCACCUCUUUUUAGGUUAAUGAGGUGUGUAAAGUUCAGGUUUCAGACUGAAAUUUGUUGACAUUAAGAAAGCAAAUUCAAGCCAUGUAGAUGCAAUGCUUUUAUUAGAGAAGAGAUUCCAGAGGUUUAUGGAAAGUGCUCCAGAAAAGCACAAGUCCAAUCAAGAUUUGAACGCGUUUUAAUCGAAUUUGUAUGUGGAAUUUGGCUGGGAAUCUGGAUCCUCUUUCAAAUCGACACAAUUAUAGAUAUAGAUAUAUAAUUAUACAAUUACAAAUGGCGUUCUUCCACCAGCUGAGGCUUGACUACAAAAUAAAACUGUUUCUAUUCACGAUACAACAACUGCAUGUUUCUGCAGUACGACUGAGCAGGGUAUAUUAAAGUGAAUUUGUACAGUUUGUCAGUGAACAGUUUCUCUAAAAUGUAUUUUAUAAAAGUCCCUGCACGGCAUGUUCUAAAGCUAAGAUUUAUAAUA